AUGCCACACUUUGAGCCCAACAAACAUGAGUUCAUCCCUCCGCCUCAUCAUGAGUAUGCCCAAGUUAGUUUGUACGGCGGUCAAUACUAUGGAGCGCAAGCAGGAUUUAAUGUAUGGAACCCAGCAGCAUAUAAUGAAGAUAACAGUAUAGCCCAGAUAUGGGUUGUGGGAGGUAACGGAAAAGCAGUGAGCAGUGUAGAAGCUGGGUGGAUACGUACAUUUAUGUUUCAGAACACAAAUAGUGGCCAUUGGUGGCUUAAUGUGGGAAAUGAGGCAAUAGGAUACUGGCCUGACACCAUCCUCCCAAGUCUAAGAGGCAGUGCUGAAUUGGUUAGUUGGGGAGGGGAGAUUUACGAUUCACAAGCUGAGGGUCAUCACACAUCUACUCAAAUGGGGAGUGGUCAUUUUCCAGAUGAAGGCUUUGGGAAAGCCAGCUAUGUUCGCAAUGUCCAAUACAUGGACGAUUCUUCGCCUCUCACUUUCAAAGAUCCUGCAGCUCUUCUAACUUAUGCGACAAAGCCUUCAUGCUACAAUUUAAUUGUUAAAGACAAAGCCCCAGACAUGGGAACCCAUUUCUAUUAUGGAGGUCCUGGGUUUUCAGCAACAUGUCCUUAG